AUGGCUGAAAUUCCCUUUGAUGUUCAAUUCUUUGUCGAAAAGAAUAGAAACAACAAGUUUGAAUGGCUAUCUUUUUUAAUUUCUGCCAUGUUAUUUAUUGGACAUGGAGUUAUAUUCCAUUGGAUACCAAAUAUUUUAAGAUCUAAAAGAGACACAAGUUCAUUAAAGCAUAGAAGCUAUUUUAAAUUUGUAAAUGCCUGGGAUUUUUGGACUGGUUGUGUUGCUUUUAAACUCCCUUAUAGAAAGAAGACUUAUUAUUGCCAACCUAGUAUCUUACUUCUAUCGGCAAUAUUUCUUGCCAUUAAUUCUGCAUUUAUUGUAGUUGAAACGGCAGAUUUGGAUUACUUACCGAGAUAUUAUAUUAUUAGUAAAAGAAUCCUGCGAGUUGGAAUUGGUAAUUUACUAACAUUGAUGUUAAUGACAGCUAAGAAUGAUAUACUCGGAGCUAUGUCCGGUUUACAGCACGACCGAAUGAUUUGGAUACAUAUCUGGUUAGGAAGGUACAUAUGGACUUUGAUCACUAUUCAUGUCAUAAUGGGAUUAAUCUAUUGGCUAAAAAUGGAUUUUUUAAUCAUGAUUAUAAUUCCUCCACAAAUUUUUGGAAUGAUUUCUUAUGGUUGCUUGUGCUUCUUAACUUGGGCAAGUUUGAGAUUUAUAAGAAAAUUAUCUUAUGAGUUCUUCAUAAUCCAACACAAAAUAUUCUCCUUUAUCAUGUUGUUGUUGGCAUUUUUUCAUAAUACUGGUAACAGAGCCAUGGUUUUAAUUUCCGUUCAUUUAAUCGUAUUUGAUCGAAUAUUAAGCAAGGUUAUUUCUUUCAUUCAUAAAAGAAAGUCUCCAACAAAGGGUAUAUGCAGCUUCAAAAAGUUAGACGACGAUACUAUUUCUGUCACUAUUCCAGUCAAGAUGAUGAAAUUUAGUUACGAUAAGUGGUAUUCUGCAUUUUUGCCAAAGAUUGGUUUCUGGAAAGCUGGUCAACAUAUAUUCUUAAAUGUCCCUAAAGUAAACUUUUUCCAAUUGCAUCCUUUUACUAUUGCCAGCCUUCCUGACUCGAAGCAUAUCAAAUUGAUUAUUAGAAAGCAAAAUGGUUUUACUAAGAAAUUAAUGAACAAGAUUGAAAAAAUGCAAACUGAAGAUGAAGAACUAGGAACUGUCGUUAAACUUAAAUGUACAUUUCAUGGACCCUAUGGGGCACAUUAUCAGUCUUUACUAUCAUUUGACACCUCCUUAUUCUUUGGUGCCGGGGCAGGAGCGGCUUUUGUAUUUCCUGUUGCCUUAGAUUUAUUAAAAACAAUUAAAGAAAGAGAUGACGCUGAGGAUUACUUGUACAGAUCUACUGAGGCUAGAGUACACAUAAUUUGGGCUGUCAAGCGCCAUGAGAACACUAUAUGGAUGAAACAUUUAUAUGACGAGCUUCAAGAAUUUAUUAGUAAUGGAAAGUUAACUGUUCAAAUACAUUACACUCAAGAAGAAAAGGAAUAUACAUCAUCAAAUUCGGAAUUAGAAUCCCCUAUUGUAAUGAGCCCGGAUAUCAUCAAAAAUUAUGGCCGGCCAAAUUUAGAUAGCAUAAUACAGGAACAGACUGCAGCAUUAAUUUCUGACAAACACACAUCAUCAUAUAAAGCAUUAGCUGUUUGUGCAUGUGGUCCACCUGAAUUUACUGAUCAAAUUAAAGUAGCUUGUCAAGCCAACAGAAAGGUUAAGAAUGCGCCAGAUAUUUAUUGUUAUACUGAAGUAUUCUAAACUCUGUCUUUUGCAAUAUUAUUUAUUUAUUAUGUGUAUAUAUAGAGUAGAAUAAGAAUACAUAUUGACAUUGAAGAUAUCAAUAUAUUAAA